GAACACCGGCGCAGACAUGUCACUCGCUCCGGUGCAAAUGGACAGUGGGGCAGUCCAACAGAAGCCGGCCAAGAGCAAGUCCGAGAAGACCAGAAAGACUGCAGACAGACAAGCCAGCACGGACACACAGCCUGCGGAAAACACACACUUGCACACACACACACUGCCUCACACGGAUGAUGGGCCAAGGAAAGCACCUGUGCUGGACAUUGAAGAUGCCGUGCUACAGGAGCUCAAGGAGUUUGCGCCUAACGCACCGUUUCAUAACCACUCCUGGAUGCUGAAGGUCAUCAGGCAAGGAAACAUACUAAAGGUGACCAUGACGGAAGCAGAACUGUUGUCUCAGGAGAAGAAGAAGAAGAAGAAGAACAAGAGACACCGACUAGGGGCGGCGCCAGAGCCCAGCAGUCCUCAUGAGACAACCACUGGAGUGGACUCUGUCAAGACACAUACACACAAGAAGAAGAAGAAGAAGAAGAAAUCAAAGAGAGCUGAUGAGGAUACACCAGCUGAGGUUCCGUGUGGAGUUAGUGACAGAAAAAAGAAAAGAAAACAUGAAGCAGUGACACCAGUGAUGACGGAAGAGUCUACAGAUGUUGCUCUUCCCCAGGAGGGAGAAGUGAGGAAAAAGAAGAGGAGGACUGAAGAGACCGUCUCCGCUGGAGAGAACACCGGCGCAGACGUGUCACUCGCUCCGGUGCAAAUGGACAGUGGGGCAGUCCAACAGAAGCCGGCCAAGAGCAAGUCCGAGAAGACCAGAAAGACUGCAGACAGACAAGCCAGCACGGACACACAGCCUGCGGAAAACACACACUUGCACACACACACACCGCCUCACACGGAUGAUGGGCCAAGGAAAGCACCUGUGCUGGACAUUGAAGAUGCCGUGCUACAGGAGCUCAAGGAGUUUGCGCCUAACGCACCGUUUCAUAACCACCACUGGAUACGGAAGCUCAUCCAGUAUGACCUGCCCCGCUUCAGAGAAUUCAAGAAGCAAGGUAUCCCACUGCGUACGGGUAAGUUCACCGGUUCCGAGAACAAGAGGCUGAAAGAGAAUAUAAAAAACUUCCUGCUCAUCAGCGGGAUUGACAGCACGUUGAAGCUGUUCAAACCACACCGCUUCCCGGAAGAGAAGACGAUCAUCAGGGGACAGAAGAGACGGUUGGGAUUUCUCCCUAGUCUCUGUGCGGGGAUACCUCGUAACUGGCACAACAUCCUAUCACGAGCCAGGAAGAUGUCUGACGAGGAGAAUUACCUGGGAAAGUUUACAGAAGACGAGAACGAGGCCUUGAAGAAGCUGUACACACUGCAUGGGACAAACUGGGUCACCAUCUCAGACAAGAUGGGUCGCAGCUAUGAAGCCGUGCAGAAACGCUUUUCUAUGAUGACUGACACUCACGGGUCAUGGGCGGAGGAGGAGCUCAAGAGCCUCUUGACGAGUGUGCGGCAGCUGCUGCUGGAGAGGGCGGAGCCUGGUGCAGAUGGGGAUUUGGUCAUCAAGAAAAAGGACCUGUAUAAGAAGCUAGCCUGGGUGAAGGUGGCCGAGCAGCAAUCGACCCGAAGCUGGCUGCAGUGCAGGGAGAAAUGGAUGGAUUACCUGACCAAAAGAAUGACGAGUGGAGGAGCGAUCAAAGGGAGGAAGAGCCUCACUGGGCAAAUCCAGCUGAUCAGAGCACUCAAUGAAAUGGCUGUGGAGGAGCCUUCAGACAUAGUGUGGGAUGACCUCACUCAUCUCUUCGGGAACACUCCUCCUGACUAUCUACAAAUGAGGUACUACCAGCUGAAAGUGAUUUAUGUCCCGGGCUGGUACACAAUGUCUUUCUGUGACAUUGUUGAUUUCCUGUAUGAGCAGGUGCUGCCCAAGCUGGAGAAGCAGCUGGAGAUGUGUGAGGAGGAGGACGUGGCCAGUGAGGAGCGGCAGUCUUACAAGCUGUCCGAGAUCUUCCCCGACUUACCCUGACUCUCAGGGCGUACGUGUGUGUGUGUGUGUGUGUGUGUGUGGCGUGAGAGAUGAGACGUGUGUGUGUGCCUGAGGUGUGUGAACGGUCUUGCUGUAGGAAGAUGGCUGCGUGUGUCCAAUGAGGAUGGGAAUCAGAAAGGAUCAUCUGGCAGAGGUGUUGAGCAGACACUGUGUGUGUGUUGAGUGUGUGUGUGUGUGUGUGUGCGCAUGAGGCCUACCCCAGCUCGCCACAUCACCCUCGUUUGUUUGGGUUUGCUUUAUUCGUCCCCUUCUGAUGACGUCAUUUCUGUUGCCUUAUUACGAAGACCAUUGAAUCCAGAAUUCUGUAUUUAUAAAUAGAGCGUCGUCCUAAAACCAGACGAGGAUGAUCGCCAGCGACCGUACUGGACAGAGGCAGAAUUUACCGAUGACCCCCUAGCUGCCCUCUAGAGACCAAAAGUGGUGAAUUGAUGAUGAUGAUGAUGAUGAUGAUGAUGAUGAUAUGUAUAGAAGGGCCCUGACCAAAUCAACACUACAGUCACAAACGGUUCAGACGCGUUGACCUCUAACUGAGGCAGAGGCCAGACAGGCAGGAGAUUACCACAUAUGCAUCGCCAUUCUGAAUAUUUCUAUUCAAUUUGUAUCAUGUUGUAAUAAUAGAUGUAUUUUAAGUCAUAUUGAAGAUUGAAAUAUGUGAUUCUCCAAGGAAGGAUGGAAUCCUUUUGUUUUUUAUUUUAAUCCUGUUGAUUUUGUUAUUUUUUUUCCCAUGUAUUUGUGGUCACGUAUGUGAUUCACAACAUCAAAGCAAAUAUAUGAACCUUCUGAUGAGAGAUCUGUUAGCUUUGGAAUGUCUUCUGUAAUUGGCUUUGGUUUGUAUUAAUCUUGUUAAUAAAGACCGUGAUGUACAA